AUGGCGGCUCCUGUCCGACGUAGAAAGUUGAUUGGUCAUCGCCGUCGGGUCGAAGACGAGGACGAGGAUGAGGCUGGCCCUGACCAUCUCGAAAAUGAUGACGACUCGCUGACCGACGGUUCCAUGGCUUCUGAUGACCUCGAUCCAGCCGACGAUAGUGAUACUAGUAAUGUCGAUGAGGCCUCGCCGACAACCCCAGCCAUUACCAAGACGAGUGGCCGUGCAGCCAAGGGCAAUGGCGCCGCAAAGAACGCCCAGACCAAGUCUGUAGCCAGUUCUGCCACCGAAAAGCUGUCCAAGUCGGGUCACGAUGCUUUGCCCGAUACCGAGUACAUGCUUAACGGCCUGAACAUAUCGGACAAGGCCAGCUCCGUACAGGAGAUGAGUUUCGACGACGUCAGCGGUUCUCCCUCCAAAUCUUCGGCACCCAUAGUUGUCAGCUCAAGUGCGGUGGCCGCUGCGGGUUUGGACAACGCACCAGGCCUACCGGGUGACCGGCGGCGAAGGGAGCACGAUGAAUAUAGGCGCAAGCGGGACGAGGACCCAGCCUUUGUGCCCAACAGAGGGGCCUUCUUCAUGCAUGAUCAUAGACACGCUGGUCCAUCUGGCAACGGCUUCCGCCCUUUUGGUAGGGGCACUCGUGGAAGAGGUCGCGGCGGCGUGGGGGGUCCCUUUGCUCCAGUCAACCAACCAUUGCAAAAUUCGGCGGACCCUACGACAAGCGCCCCUUGGGCUCACGAUAUGCAUGAGGCCGUUGCGCAACCUAUGCCCAUUCGGCAGCCACGGUCUUCAGUUGUUGACAACGGCCCUCCAAACGGCGACGGUUUUAUACCUACCUGCCCCCCGAGCUCCACGCCGAUCAACCGAACAAUGUCGACAGAGAAGCACGUCGGCAAUGUGCAAGUGAGGGUUUAUAUCCCCGGUUUUAAGGAACCCAUCGUCUUCUCGGGCAUGCCUGUGAAGCAGUAUACAAAAUUGCCAGACCACCGACCACCUCUGAGACGGGACAAACCCGUUCGCAUCUCCCUGCCUAAUUUCCCUCACCGAUACGUUUUUCCGGCCAUUGAUAGAUCAUUUAUCUUCAUACCUCGUGCGAUGCGUCCAAAUCAUCGGCUCAGGGGCAAGCCGAGGUCAGGCAUUGGAUCUGUCGGGGGAUUUUCCAGGAGAACCAGUGUAUUUGGAGGAAGCGUUUACGCUGGCAGCACCUACACACCCAGCGUUGCCCUCAGCCGGCGCUCUUCCAUCGCCCCUGAUAUGGGCAGAGACUAUAUUGUCUCGCCCACCGGCUCUUCGAUGUCACGGCCAGCCCUUCCAUACGACUCUGCCCGGCCGGUUGUCAGGCUUCCUCCACAGAAUCGAGCUGAUCCUAGGUUUCCGACUGCAGAUGGUAUGCCACUUGGGUCGCCCAUGGGAGGAGCGCAAUCUGGUUUCACUGUAAUGCCACCUCCGCAGACGCAUCCUCUACCUCAGCGACCAGUCUUCCAAGAAAACCGAUCGGUGCCUAUUCCGAUGCAUCAGCCUCGACCUCAGAAGACGGUUUCCGUAGCUGGCAUCGAGUCACCGGGUACGCAGGAGCCCAUAUCCCAGCCAUAUCAGCAAGCAUUCCACCAGCAGGUUCCCGUGCAAGUUUCCAACGGGUUCGAGUCACACGCACGCCAUCCAUCAUACCCUUCUCAGCAUUCAACGGGCACACCUUUAUCACAAAUCCCUGAGCGUGCAAUUCAUGCUGCUCCUUUCCAGCCCAACCAAUUUCAGCAGCAGGGCUACUACCCGCCUUACCAGAUGAUGCAACCCCAGCAGGGAUACUAUUACCCUACGGCUCCAUACACUGGCGCAAUGGCCCCGACGCCUGGCGCACCCCCUUUCGUUCCCGGCAUACAGCAGGGCCAGCAGCCCCAGAGCGAAGCCUCUGGUACCCAGUCGAACGAACAACCAGCUUCAAACUCGAACUUGGUCGCUCAAGAGGUCAAUGGCAUGGUGUACUACUACGAAGCUUCUCAAUUACCGCCCAUUGCAUCUUAUCCUCCCUACCCGGCACCUCAAGGCUAUCCCAUGCCCAAUGUAGGCAUGAACGGUAUGGUCACGCCUAGUCCGGAUGGCUACUACUAUCCUCCCCCGGGCGCCGGUGUCUACUACCCACAGUAG